CUAGCAAAAAAAUCCCUACGCCGUCUCGAUGGUAGCUUUACCAUCGUCUCCCGCCGGGAAAUUCUCUGUUCCUCAAUCCCAGCUAGAAAAAAAAAAUCGAGUCUUUCAACGCCAAACCCUUAGCUCCAGUUGAAGGAGCUGCGAGAUUGAAGGUCCAUCCGGAAGCGAUUCAUCCUGCUUGCCGAGACCAACUGACUGCUUCGAGUUUGGGUAAGCAGAUCAUGUGUAGCAGAAAAAGAGAGGAAGAUUGCCAAUAUCAUGCGUUAAUCUCAAAAGGAGAGGGGAAUAUUGCCAUUACCAUGCCAUCCUCUGCUUGCAACCAGAGGAAGAAGGCCGCAUUUUCCGGUGGUGGUUCGCUCCCGGAUGAGAUAAUCAUGGAGGUGCUACUGCGGCUCCCUGUCAAAUCCAUACUCCGCUUCCGGGCCGUCUGCCGCUCCUGGGCUGUGUUCUUCUCCACUGAGCAGUUCUGCAAUCUCCACAUGGCGACCCCCAAGAUAGCACCGCCGAAGCUACUGUUUGUCUCACCCACAUCAAGACCCGGCUCCACAGAGGUGUUCUCAUGCUCCCCCUCAGGCCCCAAAGAUGACCUGCUGUUCACCCUUGACUCUGCCUGCGGCAACUCGAUGCAGGUUGUCAUGCCAGCGCCGUGCCAUGGCCUCACCCUUCUGUUUGAUGCUGUUGCGCCAGCUUACUACAUCUGCAAUGCUGCCACACGAGCAGUAACACGUCUGCCACCUUUCCGUUACUUGGUCAGGUGUACAUCUACCGGGCUGGGAUUUGAUGCCAGGACAAGAAAGUACAAAGUGGUCAGACUGAUCAAAGGGUCACGCCAUGACAAUGAGUCCGUAAGGUGUGAGGUAUACACACAUGGAAGUGGUUAUGGGGAUUGCUGGAGGCCGCCUACUGGAGGAAUACCCUUUGGAUUGUGCAGGUUUGCAGGUGCUGCUGUUAAUAAUGCGGCAUUCUUCAGUCUACCACCUGUGUUUGCAAAUGGACACCUGCACUGGUUGGUCCAGCCUUCUUUGUUCUCCAAAAAGCCAAGAGCUGCUGUGAUAUCAUUUUCUCUUGCGGAGGAGACCUUCAGUUUUGUUGGGCCACCACCGUUCUGGACAUCAGAAAUGUACUCAUCCACACCAUUGUCAGCAUCAGGUCCAGAGUUUGUCCCCUUCUGCCCCGGGACAUUAGGAGAGCACCUAGUGCAGAUGGAUAACCAACCGUGUAUGGUCCGAGACCUUCGAUAUAAUCGUAAUGGUGGUUGCGUUCUGGAGAUAUGGAAAUUGCCGGAUCGUAGCUCUUGUGCUUGGUCACUGAAUCAUCGCAUUUCUUUGUUAGGGCGUGUGGCAACAGAUUUACGUCAGCCCAAGGUUGUGAGAGUUAUUGGUUCUACAGGCACUAGCAUGUCAACGAAGAAGAUCCUCAUCGCUACUAGCAUGCACAAAAUCUGCGACAAGUUUCAGAAGAAGGUUUACACCUAUGACCUUAAUUCUGAAUCUUUAGAGACCAUUCUUUCAAUCACCGUGGCACAUGCAUCGCUUGAAGGCAUGAAUCCAAGUUCAAGAUUCAGUUUAUUUGAAGAGAGCCUUGCCCUGGUGCAUGAAACAGUUGAAAAGAUAAAAUUGUCAACUACUCCGCCUCCCAACCGAAACUAGAUGGUAUCCAUCGAGCUUGUAUGAUGUCGAUUUUCAUGUUUUUAGAUAUUUUUUCCCUGGCAUCUAUUGACCCCUUUUGUAAGAGCAGUCGUUCCUUUUUUGCUUUGAGAUGUUGAUUAUCAUUUAGCAUGCGGAAGUUAUUUCAUGUUUUCAUACCUUGUAGAGGACACACGCACACAUUGAUCCUUCACUUAGUACUACUGAUUUAUCACUUAAUUAAGCAGUUAAAUUCAAGUGUACUAUUUCUGUUCCAUCAGUAGGAAAGAGAAACUAACUAAAAUCAGAAUAGUACUGUUCUCUUAUCAAAACAAUCGAGACCGUAAAUGGUUAUUAUAGACCAUGAAUCAUAGCAGACAAUGGUCACAUACAAAUGCACACUGCAACACGUUUCCAUUACUGGAAAUUCAGAGCAAAUGUUAUUAUUAGUUAGUCAGAGCAAAUGUUAUUAUUAGUUUGCAAACUCAAGUUUGGAGUAUAGGCUUACCUAAUGCAUCAGGUUAUCUGAUAACUGUAGCGUGUGUUUCUGCAUGUAUAAAGUGCUUUUUGCUUGGGUAAAAGCUUAUGUGUAAACAAACUUAAGUAAGCCCACCAAGUGAUAAAUUUCUUCUAAUCAGUACAUUGUUUAAGUGGGUUCUAUUAGGUCUUAUCGGGUUAAUCUAUGGGUAGGCACAAGCUCUUAUAUUUGUUGUUUCUUGUGAGCUUCUGAUCGUUUAAACAUUUGUUUUAGUAUGUACUCCCUCCGUCCCGAAAAACAUGUCGCAGUGGCACUUUUAUGAAAAUCCCCUCAGCGAAUUCCCGACACAACCCGCACUCCCUGGUCGUCUCCCUCGCUCGUCUCCCCUGCGCGCCGAAGGUCCCCUGCUGGGUUCCCCCACGCCGGAGGUCCCCUGCUCGGCUCCACCGCGCGUCGCCGAAGCUCCCCCGCCCCCGCCCCACGCCUCCACCGCGCUUCCCUCUCCUUGUUCCCUUAUUCGUUCCCCAUGGUGAAUCACGGGAAGGAGAAGGCUCGAUUUUUGUUUCGAUCUGCUCUCCGGCGGCAGCGGCCUUUCCCGAGCUUGGCGAGCCGGAGCUGGCCCUUCCCGUCGUCAACCACCUCCUCGCCGGCUGGCCGUCGUAGACCACGAAGCCGGUCCCCGCCAGUUCCUUCACCUCGCCGCCAACCUCGUCCAUCUCGCUCCCCCGCGCACCUCCCUGGAGUCGGCAGAAGUUCUCCACUUUCCUCCGUCGGCAGCAGCAACCAUCCCCGCCUUCGCCGCCCAGCAACCAGCACUGCCCGCGACGACAGAGAAAAGUUGCAGUUGCAGUUGCAGCAGUACGGGCCUGGAGAUUUGGUGACUGUCUUGCUGUUCGGUGAUGCAGCAGAACACUUGCAGUUGCUUGGGUGGCCUGGCCCUUUCAGUUGCAACUUGCAAAGUUCUGUAUGUAUCCUUUGGGUUGUUGAUUCUGAACAUUUUGUGCAACUUGUAUGUAUCCCCUACUUCAUCACCAAUUCGUUUGACCACACCACUUGCUUGCUGAUCUUCACAGGCAUAUAAUGUGCACCCUUGGUCAUCCGAUCCCAUGAACUGCUAACGAAACAACGCCCAACGUCGUGACUGUGGUCACGUUCUGCAACCAAGCAACCGCCCUCCUCCGUUCUCCUCCAGCAGCAGCAAAAGGUUUUUUCCUCUCCCUUGUUACUGAAUUUAAGUUGGAGACAACAUUUAAGUUAUGAACCUUGUUACUAAAUCAUGUUGUGAAUCACUUAAGUUCUGAACCAUUGGAAUUUCUGAAUCAUGAACUUUGUUAAGUUUUUAAAAAGAUGAGUACUAGUACAUCCAGGACACAUAGGCAACCCAAAUCCGACAUGUUAGUAAGAUUUGUACUAUCUCAAAAUUCACUCAGUUGGCAAAGAAAGGCUGCUAUGCACAUAAAAUUCAGUUUACUCCAAAAUCAGUAAACUGAAUUUAUUUUUCAAUUCAUAUACACCAGGCACUUAAUUCAGUAAACUGAUUCAUUUAAAGUAAACUACCUAUUUUUUUACCUAACUACCUAUUCUUAGAUUCAGUCAGAUAACUACCUAUUCUUUUUUUACAAUCAUGCUCUCUUUAUUUACAAUCUGAACAAAUUAAAGAAAGGAAAAGGAACUACAGCCAAGAAGGCAUGCAUGUAAGUAUCUUGGAUCUUGACAUUUACUCAUGGAAUAUGCAUCAUUUUCUCUCAACUCAAUUAAUCAGAGUACGACAUGGCAAACUUCUGAAUAAAUUUCCAAGACAUCACAAGCGGGAACAGUUCUACAACAGCACAUCUACUGAAUUUUGUGGAGUGUAUGGUUUGUACUGAAUUUUUUUCACUAAUUUGCACUGGAUUUCAGUUAAAUCUUCAGUACAUUUUCAGUUAAAUUUUGAGUUGAAUAUGCAGUACAUUAUGUGAUGUUUUUUCUGAAAUUAUUUCGUUCACACCAAUUGUUUAUCUCAACAUCUGUAGAGGUUAUGCUUGUGCUACUGAAUUUGAAAUUGAACAGAAUUAUCUUUGUUUGUUGCUUACUUGACACUGGCCACAUUACUUAGAUGUGCUAGAACCUAAAGAUAGACACUGUUUUAGAAAGAAAUGAAACAGGGCAACUAACCAAAAAGAAAGCAGAGUAUCUUUAAUCCAUAUAUUAGUUGCUCUUCCAUAUUCACAGAUUUGCGUCUGGCCGUGGCCUAUGUGCACAUGAUAAAUUAAGAUUCUCACAAUGUCCGAAGCAGCAGUAGACACAAUUGUGCAGUUACCCAAUUGAUAAAUUAAGAUAGAGUGUGAAUUUCAAUAAAAUUGGCCAUCGGUUCACUAUUUUGAUGUCUAGGAGGAACUGGAGCAAACUCUGGUUGGCAUAUGAGAUUUGAGCACGGCCGAAGCGAACAAACAUCCCAGCAAUCUUGUCUUAUUUUGAUUUGCUCCAAAAUUAACAGUGAAUUUGAUUGAAUUUACUCUGUAUCUUCAGAGUGCAGAGGAGCAGCAGCAGCAGUAGCUCGGGCACGGGAGAAGCACGGGAGACAGCAGAGCUCCAUCGGCGGGAGCUCGAGGAUAAGCAACAACGGGAGCUCGAGGAGAAGCAGCAGCCAGAGCUCAAGGAGAAGCAAUCGCCGGAGCUUGAGGAGAAGCAGCAGCGGGAGAGCAGUUUUGGGCGGCGGCGCAGAUCUGGGCGACGGCAGAGCGGGUCUGGGCGGCGGCGGCGGCGACGCCCGUACGGAAUCGUGGCUGGCCGGCGCCGGCCCCUGGCAAUCGUGCGGGGGACAAGCGGAGGAAGAUGUGGCGGAGGUGUCUGUUUGUCACACUUUUCCAAUUGCGAGGGUUGUUCUGCAAAUUCGCCAAUGAACUGGGGCCGCGACAUGAAUUUUGGGACGGAGGGAGUACUACUCUUAUUGGUUUGUUGGUAAUAAAUGCAUUUGCGGUUGGGGUUAGUUAAUUGUCUAUCUCUUUUGAUAUACCCAACUAUAAAUUAUUGCAAGUGAGUGUUUCAUGCUUCAUCUUUGUUCACUUGCACAUAUAUUGGGUUGUAAUGAAAUGGGGGGAGUGUCUCUCCACUGGUGUGCCUUUUGUAUUCAAAUGCAACAUUUACAAUAUGGCACAAAGUUAGUGGAGCUCUUAUUUAUUGUCA